AUGGCACGGGUAUACCGUGACGCGGCUGCCGUCCUGGUGCUCGAUGGCGGCCUUCAGCUUUGCCGCUCUACCGAGCCUCUCGCUACGAGAUUAAUGCGUGUCCUGACUUCGGGCUGGAUGAGACGCCUCUGGACGCUCCAAGAAUCGGUGCUAUCCAAGGAACUCCAUUUUGCCUUUGCUGACACUCGGGUGUUGAUGAAAGAUCUAAUACCGUCGACUGCCGAUAUUUACAUAUAUGCACACCUGGGCGACCUGGCCGCAGAGUUGUUUCGACUCAUGAAACGAUCAUCGUAUGGGUCAUACUCAAUAGGCGAUGUCGCUCGAUCACUACGAUGGAGGACUACAUCAAGACCAUCAGACGAAACACUAGCGGUUGCCAGUCUGCUGGGCAUGCAGCCCUCGGUCCUUGUGGAGCUGAGUCCGGAGCGCAGGAUGAUACGUCUGAUACAAGCCAUGGGCAGGGUUCCCCGGAACGUGCUCUUUUUAAAGGGGGGCAAGCAACAAGUUCCGGGAUUCCGCUGGGCUCCAACGUCGUUCAUGGCGGCCCAUGGAGGGAGUAGCGGAUUGCAGCUAUCAACAUCCGAAUCCGACGCGGUUGUAACGCCUCAGGGUCUCGAGGCCACGUACUACGCUCUACUUUUCCCCAAGACAACCUUUGAAGGAGGAAGGCCUUGGCAACUGAAGGAUACCAAGACUGGCAGACUAUACGCAGCAGGAGACGUGCAGCCCGGAGCCGGAAGCUAUACAUGCGACAUGGUGUUAACGAUGAACAGCAUACAGCCCGGAAGUGCUACUUCGUGCGUCGGCGUUCGAAAGAACGGGCAACACGUGAAGUCGAAUGGGACCUUUACUGUUUACUGCGAAUGCCAACGUCGUCUGGUGCUGAACAGCGUGGCCUCCUUGAGAGAGGAUUCCACCGAGGUGGUUGUCUGUCAUGUGUCUGGAGAGCUGUCAGUAUGCGUGGGCUAA